AUGCACUCACUUCUCUUCAAAUCUCUCCCCUUCUUACACCCAAAACCCCGCUGUUUUCCCAUUUCACACCUCACCACCACCGCCAUGUCCGUCAAUACCAAAACUCGCUUAAGAGGUGUCGUGUUCGACAUGGACGGAACCCUAACUGUCCCCGUCAUUGAUUUCGCUGCAAUGUACAAGGCCGUGCUUGGAGAAACCGAGUAUCGCAGAAUCAGACAAGAAAAUCCAUCAGGCAUCGACAUUUUGCAUCACAUUGAGAGUUGGAGCCCUGAUAAGCAGCGAAACGCUUAUGAGGUUAUCCUUGAUUUCGAGCGCCAAGGCCUCGAACGACUAAAAAUCAUGCCUGGUGCAGGUGAGCUUUGUGGGUUUCUUGAUUCCAAGAAAAUUAGAAGGGGAUUGAUCACGCGAAAUGUCAAGGAAGCAGUUGAUCUUUAUCAUCAACGCUUUGGGAUUAUGUUUUCUCCAGCAUUAAGCAGGGAGUUUCGUCCUUAUAAGCCAGAUCCUGCUCCUCUUCUGCAUAUCUGUUCAACUUGGGAUGUCCAGCCCAGUGAGGUCAUGAUGGUUGGUGACAGCCUGAAAGAUGAUGUGGCCUGUGGAAAGCGAGCUGGAGCCAUCACUUGCUUGCUUGAUGAAAAAGGUAGAUAUGGUUCUUCUGAUUUUACUAAGUUGGAUCUAGAACCAGACUUCAAGGUCUCCUCCCUAGCUGAAGUUCAUUCACUGUUGGAGACAUAUUUUGAUUUGAUGCCUUGA